AUGUACCGAGCUCAGAAGGUACAACUAGUUGCAUUCACAUUAGAAGAUGAUGCAAGACGUUGGUGGAUGUUGGUUCGAGAUGAGAACCGAGAUGUUACUUGGGCCCGUUUCCUAGAAAUCUUUUACGAGAAAUACUUUCCACAAUGUAUGCGGGAAAGAAAGGCAGCUGAAUUCAUGGAACUCAAGCAAGGAAAUAAAUCAAUUGCUGAAUAUGAGGCUCAAUUUACAAAAUUAGCUUGCUUUGCACCCCACAUGGUAGAUACAGAUUAUAAAAAGGCCAGACAGUUUGAGGGAGGUUUGCGUGACCCAAUUUUAGAUAAAAUCAAUGUUCUCAAAUUGCCGACAUAUGUGGAUGUACUUGAUAGGGCACUAAUAGCAGAGAGAUAUGUGGCCAACCGUAAAUAG